GAUUGUGACCAGAUAAUAAGAAUGGUAAAUAACAGUGGUAUUUGGAAGGUUUAUUCAGGACAAACAUGGAGGGAGGGCAGACCAAACUAGAACACCCCGAGGCCUCGAGAUCGCUGUAGUAGGAUGUUGUAGAAUAGUUCAGUUACGUGUUCAUGGACGAAAGCAAGUGUUCACUGGAAAGAGAGGAGCCUGUGGGUUUCCUGCAGCUGGGGCGGCAGUGGACGGGUGGGUCUGUGGGUGACGGUGUUGGCGUGCAGGAGGGACAUCAUAAUACAGCCCUGUCGCCGUGUUUACUCUGCUGAGCCUGGGCAGGCACUUCGUGGUUACAGCAGUAAGCCCUGGCGGUUUCUCGGAGUUUACAAAAGUAACCAGAGCCAGCAAUCAUACGCGGGAUGACAUGCCCUGCCCCACUGCGCGUCACGUUUCUUGGAAAAAAAAAAUCCUUGUAGCUGAACGGGGUUCGGAGCUGUGUUCGGACACUGUUGUUUGUGCCGCCACGGUAAGCGACCGAAGUCGCCGCAAGCUGUCGCAUUUCAAGAUGUCACUGAAUGGCGAAAGGGAACUGGGGGGCGAUCCGGUGAAGCCCCCCGUACUGGACCAGGGUACCGCCUCCAGGGCGAAUGGACAGGCUGUCAACUCCAGGGCGGUGUGUUACGUGUGCAAGCACCUUUACAGUGACCCCAAAAUCCUGCCCUGCCUGCACACUUUCUGCGCGGACUGCAUCCGGCGACUGGAACCGGUUUCCGGGCCGGGGGUUCGGGGAGCGGAGGCGUCAGCCCCGGCCCGCCCGGGGGAGCGGCCCUCGGUCACCGUCCUGUGCCCGGUGUGCGACUCGGAAGCGCCCCUGCCGCCCGGCGGGGUGGACGGGCUGACUACAGACCACCUGGCCCUGAACGACGUUCUCCUAGAGAGCCUCCUGGACGAGAGCUGCGAGCUGGCGUGCGACCUGUGCGGCGAGGGGUCGGCCGAGAGGCGGUGCGGCGAGUGCAGCGCCAACCUGUGCGAGUUCUGCUGCCAGGCGCACAGGAGGCAGAAGAAGACCUCCUCCCACGCCGUGGUGCGUCUGCAGGACCUGCGGAGGAGCGGGCGGGUGGCGAUGCCCGUGCUGUGCCCGCUGCACCCCGGCGAGGAGCUGAGGCUGUUCUGCGAGACGUGCGACCGGCCGCUGUGCCGCGAGUGCGUGGUGGCGGCCCACCGGGAGCACGCGUGUGACUACGCCGCCCACGUCCUCCCGCGGCACGGGGAGUACAUCAGGCAGCUGGUGCGGCGCGCCCGGGCCGAGGACGUGGCCCGGGAGGUCCGCGCCUUCACGGAGGAGCACGUGCGGGCCGUGGAGAGGCACGGCCAGGAGCUGCUCCGGCGGCUGGAGGACACCCGCGUCCGGAAGAGCUCCCAGCUGCUCCUGCAGGGGGCGCAGCUGGGGCAGGCGCUGGCGGACGUGAGGGCGGCGGUGGACUUCGCCGAGCGCCUGCUGGCCAACGGCUCCGAGGCGGAGAUCCUGGCGGCCAAGGGCGUGACGGUGCGGCGCCUGAGGAGGCUGGCGGAGCUGAGCUACAGCGUCCACCCUGUCGCCGCCGCCGACGACAUCCGCUUCCUCCCCCAGGAGAGCGCCGGGCAGGACGGGCCCCACCCGCUGUUUGGCGUGAUCAGCGUGAGGGCUGUGGAUCCUCAGAAGUGCGUCAUUCAUGGGGAAGCGCUGCAGGCCGGCCGGCAGGAGCAGCCCGGACACUUCGCCCUGGUCUGCAGGGACGCGGCGGGGGAGCCGGUGAGCAAAGGAGGGGAAAACGUGCAGGUCAGCAUCGUCCACACCGAGAGGAAGGACUGUGCCAUAAAGGCUGCAGUAGUGGACAAUAACGAUGGAUCGUACCAUGUGUCCUACACCCCUGUGGAGGCGGGGGCCUACAGUGUUUGGGUGCGUGUGAAGGGACAGCAUGUCAAGGGCUCUCCCUUCGUGCUGCUGGUGAAGAGCAAGGCUCGCCGACACCGCGGCACCUUCCACUGCUGCACCUUCUGCUCCAGCGGGGGGCGCAAGGAGGCCCGCUGUGGCUGUGGGGGGACGAUGCCAGGGGGUUACCAAGGCUGUGGCCACGGACACGCGGGGCACCCCGGGAAGCCCCACUGGUCCUGCUGCGGAAGUGGAAGUGAGGACUCCGAGUGUUUGGGCCUCGGUGCCGGGACAGGCUCGCCUCGCGGUCUCUUCAGAACCGUUGCCCUCUGAGGGGACCAGCGUGAGCCUCGCCUCUUCUUCCACAGACCCAGAAUGCUCCAGAAUGGCACGAAGGGAAGACCUGGUGUAUCACCGGUGUUCCGUUCUGCAUUGAAUGAAUUUCACAUUAGCCAAAAGUCACAGAUCUGUCUCGUCUAAAGUCAACUUCACAGUAAGUCCCCCACGUUCAGACGAAGCUCAGGCCAGCUGCAGAAAGCACGGUCCGUGGGCAGUUUCUCAAAGUUCACAUUGCAGACUGUUCAUUGCGCUUGGAGAAGGUUUGGAUCUGCAAAUAAUCUGUCCGCAUCUCAUCAAAAGAGAAGGCUUUUAAACGAGCUGUUUCAUUUUCAAGCCAAGAGCUGCCAUGUGAUGCAUAUUUAUAAAAGUGUGUCACUGCUUUUUCUUGACUUCACACCUCUGUUCUCAUUUUGGAGAAUUGUCCCUUCUGUUUGUUAUAGGAGUAUUAUGAUUAUACUGACCUAUGUAUUUUAUUCUAAUUAAUCUGUGCAGAAAUCAUCCUUUGUUCUUGUGGCACAAUUACUGACAAUCUUGAUAUACAUUUGAUAUAUUUUUAUUUUGAUACUAAUAUUAUCUGUUGUUGUUUUUUUUUUAAAUUAAUUUACGGGGUUCAUUUUCUGCAAGGAUGUAAGUUUCCAAAGUGUUAUUGUCCAUGACACUGAAUAGAAAAUAAUGUUAGGUUUUUUUAAUCAUUUUGCUGUGAUAUUAAAGGAGUGAGCAUGUAUUAUUACAAUGAAAAUAUGAAUUAAUGGUGUAUUAUUUUUGUGUCACUUAAACUGACUUGUGUGAAAGGAAGAAAUGAACUAGCCCCGAGCAGAUGGAGUAUUUCUGAUUGAUUUGAUUGAUUUCCAGGUUGCAGACAAAUUGACUCUAGAAAUGUGAAUUUUAUUUCAGUAGGCAUGUCUUGUUAUUUGCUAUGUUAAAGCCUCCGACACGGUAAAUUCUGCUCUUGGGGAAAGAAGCUGCAAUUUGUCUCUGCUUAGUGAGCCAUCCUGUAGAGAACCUCUCUUCCUCGAGCUGAAGCCCAGGCGGAGAGAUUCCGAUUCCCAGCGGGAGCUUCCCAGCACAGUUAGUAUCUCCCGGUAUCCGGGCGAGUCCUGGAUGGCACCUGCUGCGAGGGAAGAGGGGAGGAGCCGCUGGAGGCGGAAACAAGAGGCCAGGUCGCUACGGUCCGGCUUUCCGAACAGCCGUGUUGGUUCUGGAAGUGUCCGCCCGGAGCGGCGCCAAACAAGCCUCGUCAGUGUGUCUUUGUCAGAGAAAAUGUCGUGUCUGCCCCUCCGGUAUGUUGGUCUGCACAAAGACACUCGGCGAAUGUGUUGGGUUUUUGUGCCUUGUUUAACACGUUUAAAACGUCUUCGAAAAGGUCAUCGAGCGCUUGCUCUUCUGCCUCCCCCUGUGUUAAUGCAAUGCUGCUGUUAAAUUAAGGCACUGUGACCGAGUCUCAAACAGCGUUUUGGUGCUGCAACAUUUUUAUAUAUUGUUUCAAAUUGAUAUUCGUUUCAGUUUUUUUAAUUUUUAACAAGACUGCAGAACUGUAAUAUUAGAAUACCAAAGGCUGUUUUACUGUGUAAUUAAAAUGGACCUGCGGUAAGAGGUAUGAGGUUAUUGUGUCAUAAAUAUCUAAAGGAAAAUGUUUAAUUCACUAUUUAGAAGGCUUAGCACAGAAGUGUUUUUGUCUGUAUGUGCACUGGAAAGUUAUUUUUGCAAUCUUGUUUUACUGACGUACCUGACAUGCUGGUUGUGAAUUAUUAGGUUGUUUUGUGUUACAUAUGAAAUUGCUUUAACAUGGUCAUUGACUGUUUUCUGCGUUAAAAAUACCCUUCUGUGUCUGCCAAGUGUCUGCACAGGGAUCUACAUGCAGUUAAACUGUUCGGAGUGGCUGGGUGGGUGUUGCCUUAAUGCUUGUUUUUUUCACUUGUAAGAACAUAAGAAGGAUUGCAAAUGAGAAGAAGCCAUUUGGGCCAUCUAGUGUGCUUCUUAGUAGAUCAGAAAAGACACAUUUUCUGAUCUACUAAGAAAAGACAAAUGCGAAAGACAAAUUUAAAAGACAAAUUCCUAAUACAAGAAACUGUAUGUGGCCGAUAAAGUGAUCUUAUCUCCUAUCUUAUCAUAGCUUAGUGGCUCAUUCAAGGAUCACCUUCAGUGGCUUUUGAAAGAAGACGGCGCUAGCAGUUUUUGCAGGCUUCUGCCUUGUGGCCGAGUUGCUUGUUCAUGCCCUCACCUCCCCAUGAAUCACGAAGUGUUGCCUGUUCUAGGCUUUCAAAGUACCUCCUCGUAGUAUCCUCUUGUGCCUUCUGGUUCUCCUUCAUUCUGAAGAUGCUCACUGGGCCAACUCUUUCUUCAUUGUCAAUACUGUGACAUUGGGAAAUAGGGCUUCUACUCAUUUUUUUUUUAUUACUAGUGCAAUUGUUCCAGUAGAAUCCAAAGAUUGUACUGUUUUUGAAUACCUCUUGAUAGCAUCAGUUGCAUUAGAAUAUUGCUCAUUCCUUUAACCCUGGAGUGUGUCUGGGUGCUCUUGUCUGGACUAAUUCCAGAGGAACACUCUUUUAUAACAGGGUGAUUAAAAUUGCACAAAGUACUCUCAAUCAGGUCUAAGUACUGUAUUUUGCCAUUUUAACAUAACUUCCUUUGGUUUAAAUGAUGUGCUAUCAACUGUCCUGACAUAUUGUUUGCCUUUUUUAUUGCUUCCCCACGUUAUCUGUAAGAUGUAAAUCCUGUGUGUCCUAUAAACACGUAAGCCUAAACUUUGAAGACUCAUGCGAUGAGGGAUAAUGUUGAUGGGUUUUUGGCUUGAAUAGUGUUUGAUCUGAAGUAGACUUGAAGCAAUCUUACAGUGUAUCUAAAACACCACUGAAGACAUGGACUUCUUCUAGAUGCUGGUUGACCACCCUAUAUUGAGUCUUUUGGAUUGAGCUUUUCUCUAGAUCAUUACAAACAGACCACCUGAGCGAAAAUAAUAUAUUUAUUAUCAUUAAUGUUGGUCUGUGUUCAUUAUGAACAACAAUGCUAACUAUAAAUAUAAAUCUGAAACAGGAUUGUACUCUAUAAACAGUCAUGAUGAAGCUUAAUUAAACAAGCUUGAAGAGUCAAUGAUCGUUUCUUGCAAUAAAUCUUUCACAUCUUAUAAAAUCUUGCAUUAAUGCAUUAAGUAUAUGAUGAAAUUUAAGUGUUUUUGAAUAAUACAGAUUUUCAGUAAUCGUCUGGUAAUCAAGAUUUUAUUGUCUGCCACUAUAAGGUGUACCUCCUCUGACAGACACUAGAUGUCAGUCUAUCACAGGAAGUAAUUUCCGGACGUCCCAUUUUAUGAUGAAACAAAAUCAUGAGAAUCAUUUUCACAAGAAAAGCUAGACGGCACACGUACAAACUCCUCUCCUGUUUCCUCGUCUCAGUUCAGCAAAUCAUUAAAAAUCCACAUGGGUCCUGGUGCUGGAGUCCACAGCUAGAACUAGGAAAUCUACCGGAUGGGAUCUGGCUGCCAAAUUAAAGGUGUUUUGAAAGAAUAAAGCAUUUCAAAUGAAGAUCAUACAAAACUUUGGAGUUAACUGAUAGUGCAAGCAGCACAGGUGCACUAGUUGGAUGGGACUUUCUUUUUGGUGUUUUUGCCGAAACUGCUAAUGAAACCCCGGUACUGUUGGAAACUACUGUAUGUUUCUGACUCAGUAUUUUGGCUUAUUUCUUCCCGGCUGGCACAAGUUUAACUUCCCACCAGGUGGUUAUCAGUUACUGCCAGCUGCAUUGCACACACUUUUUUUGGAUUUCAGAACUGUAUUUCAGGAAAGUCUACCCAGAUUCUAAGCAAAGCUGACUUCCUGUCUUUGAUUAAUUCCUUGUUGACUUAUUAAUUAAAAUAAAUGUUCUUGAAGGUG